AUGGACGAAGCUACCGAGCAGAUACCGCGCGGUAUAUUCAGUCUCCCGAACGAGAUCCUCCUCCGUAUCAUCGACAUCUUCGACACCAAGUCCGUCGCCGCCCUGACAACACUCUCCCGCCACUUCCACUGCCUCGCUCUCCGCGUCAUCCACAACCGCCUCCAGAUCGCCUCCGGCCUCAAUGGCCAUGAGUUCUACCUCGAAUGCCAUCCUCCCGCGACCAGGCUCACGGCCUCAAGGAUGUUCUGCAGAAAGCUGGGGACGGAAGGACUGGAGGAGCUGCGGCAGUGUAUAGAGCGCGGUGAGCAGUGUAGCGGGCAGCUGAAGCAGGCGUUCGCGCUUUACUCGAGGUUCCGACCGCAGCAUCACGAGCCGGAAGCAGGGCGGAUAACGUGGAGUGUGCCUGGAGACAUACCUGGAUCGCGCACACAUCCCAGCACCAACCCGGAACAGCGAGUCCCCGGGCCAGAAGAGGCCGUCUCGCAGACCGUCUCCAUAGACGCCGGUGAUCUGUUCUCUCAGCUGCAGACCCUCGCAUUCCUGGGCAAGCGGCAUUAUGGGUUCCUGACGAGUUUCCAAGAGGUUAGCCAGAGCUAUAUACGGGUAUGGAGAGAUUGGCUGGCCAAAGCGUGCGAGACGAAGCUUUGGUCGGACGGAGAGCCGAUUGUGGUUCACCAUGAGCCCGCGACUGCUGGCGGAGGGUUGAAGAAUGGAUGUGAUGAUUCUGCCGAACGGUUGGACCCCAGGAAUGACCCCAAGGUGCUGUGGCUCAGUACGAGAGACCAGAAUGUAGGCAUCAAAUUCCGGGUCAAGGAGCGAAAGUACAGGCGGGCUGCACAGGCUCCCAUUCUGUACGCCAGCGAGAAUGAACUUCCUGUCAGCUACCACGUUGAGUUCGAAGAAGUCAUCGUUCGCACCACACAUCUGAUUCUCGUGAUGGAAGAGGCGGAGAAGCAGCUCCUUAAUGACACCGGCAGGUCCGUGAUCUUUGCGUCAAUACGAGGACCAUAG